AUGUUUACUUUGGAGCAAAAUAUCUGUGGAGAUAAGAAAAUUAGGAAAUUUUAUUCAUCGUUGGGUUAUCUAUGCUUUUAUACACUGAACAUGAAAGUAAUGCUUGGACACUUUCAACAAAGCAAGCCCAACAAGCUUCUUGAUAAAAUAAAUCUCACAGGAACAUCAUGGCAAAUCAGGCAUUUACAUCUGUAUCUUAAUGGUCAAAAUGACUCCUCAAAGUCUUUCUUCAGCAUGUUUUUGUGUUUGUCUAAACCAUCUGAAAUGCUUUUUGACAUCAAAUUCAAAUUGGGUAUCUCAAGUUCCCAAGUGGAAAAGGAUCUCAUGGGUUCACUAUUAACAAAGACAAGCGAAGAAAUGAAAAACUCUCCAGGAUAUGGAGUGAAGCUGAUCACACACGAAGUUUUGUUUGAAAAAUAUUUUUCCCCAUUUGAUUAUGAAAAGGAAAUUAGAGUAAUUUACCGAAUUUGGUUAGUGAUCGUUUGUGGUUAUUUUAUUCAUCCACCUGCACAAAAAGAUAGGUAA